CCUCUAUUCUAUUCUGGAGAAACGAAAGUUAAGGAAACGACAUCCCUUGACCCCGCCUCUUACACUUUAAAUAACACCGACCCAGACCGAGAGAGCACACUUACUAAGAAAGACAACAUGGGGUUAUUGACGUUUACAGCAGCUACAAUUGUAGGCGCAGGGACUUCGGUGGCUCUGGCUCCACUGGUUCUGGGAGCAGUGGGCUUCACCUCAGCUGGGAUAGCAGUAGGAUCCUACGCUGCAGGCAUGAUGUCAAGUGCGGCCAUCGCCAACGGAGGAGGGGUGGCGGUAGGGGGCUUGGUGGCGGUCUUACAGUCUGCUGGUAUGGCUGGUCUGUCAACCGCUGCCACUGCAUGUGUUGGUGGUACAGGAGCGACUGUAGCAGGACUCAUUGCUGCAAUUGUCUGAGACCAAAGCCUUUUGGUCAAAGGGAUACCACGACAUCAUAUUAUAGUCGUAUAAAGAAGUGAACUUCUGUUCAUGUUUAUGCAAAUCAUAGAAUAGUGCAUCUCCUGACAAAAUCCUAAUAAAAUCACAGUUCAGACAUUCA